AUGUCUGAAAAAAACUACUUUGUGGGUGGUCCGAAUUUUGAAGAGUACAUCGUGUGCCCCUAUGAUAGCGUCCAUCGUAUAACGCCGAUUCGUUUGGCCAAUCAUUUGAUCCGCUGUGCUAAGAAUCAUUCCUCAUCUAAGAUGGUUAGAUGUCCGUUUAAUUCAAACCAUUUGUUAUCUGUUGGCAACAUGCAAAAACAUGUCAUCGAAUGCCCGAACCGGUCGUCCUUAGAGCGCCACAAGUUGCCGGAUAUGCUGCCGCCUGUGGAACCACGUGCCAGUGACUUUGUUGUCGAAUCCAGCGAGGAUUGGGACGCCGAGCCGCCGACUCCGACUUACAAUCCACAAAUAUACUGCGAACAGGAGUUUGUUAUCCGUAAAAUCCAGGGCAAACCACCGGCCGCUCGUCGCGAAUUCCGUGAGCGCGAACGCAGGCGCUUCAAGGAGAUGAAUUAA